GCAAGCGGAAACUUUCGAUGAAUCCAAUCCAGUGCUGGAUGCUGGUUCUACGAGUACCAGUCUACACAGCGUAUCGUCCAAACGCUCCGAGAGCCCGGUGGUAGACAUCUCAAUGAAAAAAGAACUGCUGUCGUUGUUGUCCAAAAGGUAGACGGGGCAGACGUCCGCACUCCAAAGAGCAUAACAGUCUUAUCAUCCGCGGGCGUUGUUUCUUUGGGUCUGACUUGCGGCCGUUGAUAGGACAGUUGCAAGAAAAGGCCUUGUCUGAAUCCACACUGUCGCUGGACGGAUCGCGUUCCACGAAGUGAUCCUGAGUUGCGUCCAUAGACAGACCCAGAAAACUAACCUGUAGAAUAUCAUGGGCAACACGCAGGCCAGGCAAAUUGUCGAUCAGCUCGCUCACGUCGAGACGGGUCCUCCGGACAUUCCUGAAAUGGAAGUAGGCGAGAAAUUGGGCAGCGGUUCGUUCGGCGAUGCGUGGCUCGCCACCUGGAGAAGAAACAUUCCCGGCGAGGAGGGCGAACUCAAGGUGGCGGUCAAGGUGCCAAACUUCCGAACGAGGCGCAACCGUGAGUUGCUGGCCUCAUUUCGGCGCGAGGGCGAGAUCAUGCGGGACCUGAAGCACCGCAAUAUCAUCGGUGUGAAGCGUGUUGAUGAACAUGACGGUCUUCCGUACAUUGUCAUGGAGCUGGCGGCGAAAGGCAGCCUGCGGGAGUUCGCUCAGAAGCUGAAAGGCAAGGAGUACCUGUCGGGAGGUCGCACGCGCUGUCGCAUGUUCGUUGGCCUAGCAUCCGGCAUGGAGUACUUGGAGGAGAAGAGGAUCGUUCACAGGGACUUGGCUGCUCGCAACGUCCUGGUGUCCGACAGUGGCACGUGCAAGAUCACGGAUUUUGGACUGACACGCCAGAUGAUCUCGCAGACUGCGCCUGGCUCACUGACGUUCCAGAACCACGAGUACGCAUACAUCUCUGGCAACCCGAACGGUGCUUUCCCGAUUCUCUGGAGCGCUCCGGAGGUCUUUCAUGGAACAUCAACGACCAAGUCCGAUGUCUGGAGCUUUGGCGUGGUUCUGUGGGAGGUGAUGGCGUUCGGCGAAACGCCCUACGCGGCUCUGACCGACACUCGGAUCAUCGGACCGACGGGCAUCAACGCAGGUGCACUGCUGGCCUUUCUGGAGGCUGGAACUCGCCUGGGGCAGCCGGACGGAUGCCGCGACGAUGUUUAUCAGCUGAUGACGGACGCGUGGGCCAAGCUGCCCGAAGAUCGGCCAAGCUUCAGCACGAUACGCCGGCGACUUGCCGAGAUCGCGGGUCCCAUUCGCGUGACAGUGGAGUGUGCCAUUAUGUAGAAGCUGCCACGAACCCAUUGCAGAGAAGGUGGUGUUCCAUUGUGUGAUUCAGAGCCCGAUGUAAGUUUUCUUCGUUGCUAUAGGAACUGCAUUGUCACCAGUUUGCUUUGACUCAGUUAGGCGCUCAGAAGGGUUUCUUUUGAAAAGAUACUGAGUCUUUGAUCCUUUUCUAGUCUCUUUAUCAUCUGGGCUUUUUUCAGUCUCUAAUAAACUAGCUAGAUGAGCCGCUUACUGCUUGCAGACGGCCGGGGAUAUUUUAAAGGUACGCGAUGAAUCUUUGGAACGUUAUAGUGUACUGAAUCAGUAGAAUGCAGCUGAUAUCUGGGAAAGAAUCUUGGCCGGACAGCGUGCAAGCUUGUUGCCGCAUGCAAUUAUCAUUUUAGAUUUCUGGAAGCACGGGUGCAUGUAUCUGUUUUCCCAGUGGCUUGCCGCUACUCGAAUGCCCUUGCUUCUUCUACUUUCUUUGCAAAUAAAAAUAGCUUCUCACGACUUGGCGAAUUUAGUGUGCCGAAGCAGACGUACAUUGUUUCACCUUGAGCAGCACGUAAUUCGAAUCUGCGCGGCUAGCAGGAAAAAUAUGUUUAUGUACAUAACACAUACGUGAGGUCCACAUUACCUUACCAAGUCUUGUUAUAUUUAUAGUGUUUUCCUGAAUUGAGGAUUCGCAAACUCCCUUGCAGCCACCUACAUGUCACCUCAUCUGAGUACCCGCCCACAUUAUAUUGUCUCCGAGCUGCUAAAAAGUGAAAAGCCUCCUUUCCGCAAUUAUCAUGGUCACUUGUUGCGUGCCGAAGUUUGCCAACCUGAUGCCCAUGCAGCUGUCAUUGAUACACAUGUAAAAUUCCUUUAGCUUGUCGCCGCUUCACAAACUGUUGCAGUAGGCUUACCCUGCUGACCAUAUACGACACGUGUUACAGUGUCAGCUGAUUUUGUAUUGUAUACUAUUGUAUACUAUUGUAUUGAAUUAUUUUUGUACUAAUGGAUUCUCCACAGGCCUUACUAUACGGCCUAAAUCAA